AACUAUUUCACGGACUCAUAAAAACCGCUCCCAUACCUAUUAAAAGAGGUAUUUUCCAAGGAGAUAGCUUGAGUCCGAUAUGGUUUUGUCUGGCGCUAAAUCCACUUUCUUCGAUACUAAAUGCGUCAAACUAAUGAAUACGCUACUGGAACAAACAGAAGAUUUUUCAAAUGAUAUAAAAAUGUCGUUUGGAGUAGAAAAAUGUCGAAGAUUAAGUGUGGAAAAUGGAAAACUUAUAAGGCGAGAAUUUGAAUUAAUGACUCAUGAAACUGUAGACUCGAUGACAGAAGACGACACAUAUAAAUACCUUGGUAUUUUACAGGCUAGGAGGAUGCAGCACAGUGAAAUAGUUUCAGCCAUAACUAGUGAAUACCUCCAAAGAGUAAAGAGCUUGCUGAAAUCAUGCUUGAAUGGGAAUAACCUUUUUAAAGCCAUUAAUGCAUUUGCGAUACCGGUUUUAACAUACACCUUUGGUGUAGUAAAAUGGUCCGAAACAGAACUGGAAAACGUCAAGAGAGCAACAAGGACAUUGUUGACAAAGUAUGGCACGCAUCACCCAAAAUCGGCAGUAGAACGUCUCUACUUGCCACGUCGACAGGGAGGUCGAGGGAUGGUAGACAUUAAGCAAUUACAUAAUAAGUGUAAACAAAGCCUUCGUUUAUACUUCCACAACCAAGAGGACAGCCUACUCCAAACCGUGUGCAAAGCUGAUUUAAAAUAUUCACCAUUAAAUCUUAGUGAAUUUUCUGCAAUCGAAUUAAUAUCAGGAACGCAACAUAUCCAGUCGCUCAUGCAAGACUGGAAAAUGAAAGCGGUUCAUGGCAGAUAUCCACAUGCUCUAGACGCUCCUGAAGUAGAUAACGCUGCUUCCAACGAAUGGUUAAUUCACUCCGGCAUCUACGCCGAAACUGAAGGUUUUAUGAUCGCUAUACAAGAUCAAGUUAUUGCGACUAGAAACUACUCGAAAUAUAUUAUGCGUACUUCCGUUGAAAACGACCUAUGCAGACGAUGCCAAAAGCAAACAGAAACCAUCCACCACAUCACAGGAGCUUGUGUCACGUUAGCAGCCACCGAAUACUUAACCAGACAUAACCAGGUGGCAAAAAUUGUACACCAGAGUCUAGCGAUACAACAUAAGCUAGUAACGGAAGAGCUGCCGUACUUUAAAUAUACUCCAGACGCUGUAAUUGAAAACAGAACGAGCAAGCUAUAUUGGGACCGAUCAGUUUUGACGGACCGUCCAAUGCCACACAAUAGGCCGGACAUAAUAGUGGUCGAAAAAGAAGUGAAUCAAGCGUUCCUCAUAGAUAUAGGCGUACCAAAUACUCACAAUCUUCAAGAUUGUUAUAUGGAGAAAUACAGAAAAUACCAGAGCUUAGCAUAA